AGAGAUGAAAAAUGAGUGAACUAAAACAACAGAGAAAUUCAUAGAAAUUGUGAACCAAAGUAGAGAGAGAGAGAUCAGAAGGGUGUUAUUUCCAAAGGUAGCGAAAUGGCAUCAUCAUUUGUGGGUACUUUAUUUCCCAACAACUUCACACAAACCAAACACUCAGCUUUUCCUUUAAGUACAAGACAUCCAACAAAGAGGAGACUGCACUUAACAACAGUAGCAGAGAGCAUGACUACUGUCAUAGAGAAACUGGGCAUCAAAAUUGAGAGAAACCCUCCUGAGUCCAAGCUCACUCAACUGGGUGUUAGGAAAUGGCCCAAAUGGGGAUGCCCUCCAAGCAAAUUCCCAUGGACAUAUGAAGCCAAAGAGACUUGCUAUCUUCUGGAAGGAAAAGUGAAGGUGUUUCCUAGUGGGUCAAAUGAAUCAGUUGAAAUUGCUGCUGGUGACUUGGUUGUGUUUCCCAAAGGGAUGAGUUGCACUUGGGAUGUGUCUGUUGGUGUGGACAAGCACUAUAAAUUUGAAUAAAUCCUACAAAGGCACAGGAAUUUCAUGAUUUGGUGAUGUAGUUGGAUUAAUGAGAACUUUGAAUUGGUAUUUAACUCUGAAGAUCUUAUUCUUUUCUUCUGUUUUUUCUCGGGCUUUUUCUCCAUUUCACUUUGUUUUGUAACACAGCGUUAACAAUGGAAUGGGUUGGGUUAAAGUUCUUAGUAAUAUCUUAA